AUGUCAACUUCUACAAAUUCAAAUAAUGAAAAACAACCUACCAUACUCUUGUGCAUAGGUAUGGCAGGCUCUGGCAAAACAACUUUAAUGCAGAGAUUAAAUGCGUAUCUUCACAGUAUCAAGAAAUCACCUUAUAUAAUUAAUCUUGAUCCAGCGGUCACUCAACUUCCAUUUGCCGCAAAUAUAGACAUUAGAGAUACUGUAAAUUAUAAAGAAGUUAUGAAACAAUACAAUUUAGGACCUAAUGGUGGAAUUUUAACAAGUUUAAAUUUAUUUACAACAAAAUUUGAUCAAGUUUUGGAUCUUAUAUCAAAACAUACACCUGGUCAAAUUGAAAUAUUUACAUGGUCAGCUUCCGGAGCCAUUAUCACUGAUGCUUUAGCUGCAUCCUACCCAUGUGUAAUCGCGUAUAUUAUAGAUACGCCUAGAACAACAAGUCCUGCAACAUUUAUGAGUAAUAUCAUUUUAUAUAAAACUAAAUUGCCAUUUAUACUGGUUUUCAAUAAGACAGAUGUCAUCUCUCAUCAAUUUGCUAUUGAUUGGAUGACUGAUUUUGAAUCUUUUCAAGAAGCUCUUCAAAAAGAUACCAGUUAUAUGACUAGCCUUAUGAAUUCCAUGUGUUUGGUAUUAGAAGAAUUUUAUAAACAUUUAAGGGUAAUUGGUGUAUCAGCAAUGUCGGGAUCUGGUAUGGAUAAAUUUUUUGAAGCUGUAGGAGAAGCUGUCAAAGAAUAUGAAGAUGUAUAUAGACCAGAAUUGGAGAGAUUAAUAAAAGAAAAGUCACAACGACAAGAAGCUAAAAAACAAGCGCAACUCACUAAAUUAAUGAGGGAUAUGAAUAUGUCUGAUACUUCGAAAACAAUAGAUCCUGAUUAUAAAGCAAUGAAAUCACAUCAAGAUAAACUCGAGGAUGAAAGUUUUGCUAGAUGGAUAAAGAAAACUAAAGAAGGUGGGGGAUUUAGAAAAAGAUACAAGGGUAGCUCAGAUAUAGAGGAUGAGGAUGAGAUAUUUGGUGGUAUUGAUGAAUUGGUCAUAAUAAUAAUGUGUGCUGCUGGUUUAGCAAUGGCCUUUGCUGGUUUUUUAUUACUACCAUUCACAAUGAUAGCAACUGCAUUAUUACAUGAUGAAAUUCACUCGGAAAAUUAUUAUUUAAGUUGGCUGGAUAGUAAUUUAUUGGUUACUUUGUGGAAUUACACGUUUAUGGGAUGUAAUUUUGCUUUGUUUGUGUUAUUACCUUUUGCCUUUUUCUACAAUGAAACAGAUCAACUUAAAACUUUUUGGGUGAAAGCUCAAGAAACGGCCACGAUUAUGUUACUGGUUGGUGUGCUGAUGUACAUUUUUAUAUACAUGUCAAGAUUGAUUUUAGGAAUAGAAAAUAUCGAUUUUUGGGUUAUAUUGAAUUUGUUGACUUGUAUGGGCGGUGCAUGGAUCUGUUUGAAGGCGACACCGAUCGGUUACAUACAAAUAUUUUCCUGCAUCAGUGAACUUCCAUUGAGACCUAAUUAUCGUAAUCAAUUAAAAGAUUCCUUGAUAGAAAAUGAAAUGGAAACUAGUGUUUUGUUACAACAUUUGGAAAAUGUGGAACGUGGAUGGAAAUCACCUGUUUAUGCUGCUAAUCUAAAAUCUCGUUCUCAAGCUCUAAUGACGGCAACAUCGCCAUCAACAUCUGAAUCAAACUACAACAAUGAUUCAUUACAAUGUUGUUCCUCUUCUGAACAGUUAUAUUCUACAAUUAAUAAUGGAAUUAUUAAUGGCAGUGUUGAUGUCGAUUCUGGUACUGAUGAUCAUAAUAUUAAGAAUGUUUUAGUGAAUAAUGGUAUUGGCAACACUUCUACUUUUACAUCUAUUUCAUCACCAUCAAAAAAAAGAUACAAGGGUAGCUCAGAUAUAGAGGAUGAGGAUGAGAUAUUUGGUGGUAUUGAUGAAUUGGUCAUAAUAAUAAUGUGUGCUGCUGGUUUAGCAAUGGCCUUUGCUGGUUUUUUAUUACUACCAUUCACAAUGAUAGCAACUGCAUUAUUAAAUGAUGAAAUUCACUCGGAAAAUUAUUAUUUAAGUUGGCUGGAUAGUAAUUUAUUGGUUACUUUGUGGAAUUACACGUUUAUGGGAUGUAAUUUUGCUUUGUUUGUGUUAUUACCUUUUGCCUUUUUCUACAAUGAAACAGAUCAACUUAAAACUUUUUGGGUGAAAGCUCAAGAAACGGCCACGAUUAUGUUACUGGUUGGUGUGCUGAUGUACAUUUUUAUAUACAUGUCAAGAUUGAUUUUAGGAAUAGAAAAUAUCGAUUUUUGGGUUAUAUUGAAUUUGUUGACUUGUAUGGGCGGUGCAUGGAUCUGUUUGAAGGCGACACCGAUCGGUUACAUACAAAUAUUUUCCUGCAUCAGUGAACUUCCAUUGAGACCUAAUUAUCGUAAUCAAUUAAAAGAUUCCUUGAUAGAAAAUGAAAUGGAAACUAGUGUUUUGUUACAACAUUUGGAAAAUGUGGAACGUGGAUGGAAAUCACCUGUUUAUGCUGCUAAUCUAAAAUCUCGUUCUCAAGCUCUAAUGACGGCAACAUCGCCAUCAACAUCUGAAUCAAACUACAACAAUGAUUCAUUACAAUGUUGUUCCUCUUCUGAACAGUUAUAUUCUACAAUUAAUAAUGGAAUUAUUAAUGGCAGUGUUGAUGUCGAUUCUGGUACUGAUGAUCAUAAUAUUAAGAAUGUUUUAGUGAAUAAUGAAGGAAUUCUUAACAGUCUUAAAAUUCUUGAAAAUCAAAGAUCAAGGUUACAACGUGAUCUAUCAAAAUCACCUUUAUAUCGUAAUAUAGCAUUUUUUAUAUUAUUUGUAAUCAGUCAUUCAAUAUGGUUUUUAUUGCUUGGUCACAUAUUAUGGUCAUUUAUUAAAAGUUUAUUGGUGGAUGAUGAACAAAAAGAGUUACAUAAAUUGGAAUCAGUAUUUGGUAAACAAACAAUGUCAAUAUUUGGUAAAUUUGAUACAGUUAGUGAUAUAGCAUUGAUAUUUUAUUUCACAAGUGCAACCAUAAUUGGAGUUUAUUCCAUUCAACCAUUUAAAAGAAUACGUCCAAGAUUUGGCAUUAGUAGUAAUAGUCAUAGCAGAAUGGGCUUGCAACAUAUUAUAGCUAACGUUACGGUUUUAUUGGUGAUUAGCAGCAGUUGGCCCGCUUUAGUUAGAGUUUUGGGAUUGAUAAGACUGGAUUCGGCUGGACCUUAUGAACAAUUUCAUAAAUUAAAUAAUACCGGUCAAUUAUUGGCUAUAGCUUUUCGUCUUGGAGUUUUAAUUACUACGGUGUUUCCUAUUUUGGAUUAUUAUGUUUUAAGAAGUAUAUCUGGUGUGAGAUUGACAAUAGACAAUGAUAGUGGCGAUGGUAACGAUGGCAUUAUUGAUAAUGGUAAUGGUCUUGAGAAUAGCCAUCUAGUUAAUGGGUUUAAUGGUUUGAUUGGUAAUGAGAUUAGUUCGUCUCAUGUGAAUGGUCAUUUAAAUUAUCAUGAUGAGAUGGAUGAAUCAACCUAUAGUUUACAAAGUAAUGAUUAUUAUUACGGGACUGCUGAGGGAAGUCAAUUAAUAACAAAUGGACAUCAUGACAACAAUUUUGAUAAUUAUUAUUAUGAUGAUGACAAUGAAGAUAAUAACAUAGUAAUAAAAGAAGUAGAAGACAAUUAA